AAAGGUAUUGUAACGCGAUUGUUUUCAUUUGUAAAUAGCGAAAAUUUUAAGUCAAGUGAAGUGGAAACUCUCAUUACAAAAAGAGAUAGGUUGACAACCACGUUUGCUGAUUAUGAUCAGCUUAAUAAGGAUAUUUUGGCAUUAGACUUGUCAGACACUGAGGAUGUUGGUGAAGUCGAGGAUAAAUACUUCCAUUGUUUAACUGUGUUAAACCAAAGCAUUAAGUCGCAUAGUAGUGCUAGUGAAACCCCGGAGUCAGGUACCAGUGGCAUUUCUAGUAGGACAAAGUUACCAAGUAUAAACAUUCCAAGUUUUUCAGGUAAAUACUCGGAAUACGUAACGUUCAUUGAGAUUUUCAAGUCAGUCAUUCAUAAUGACAAAUCCCUAGACAAUGUACAGAAAUUAUACUACCUGCGAUCUUACCUUCAGGGUGAGCCCUUCGACUUAGUAAAAAAUUUACCACUCAACUCAGCGAGUUACGAGGAAGCCAUGCAGUUGUUAAGCAAAAGGUUUUACAACAAAUAUCAGAUAGUAAACGAGCAUGUUAACACCCUGUUAGACUUGGAAAAGUUGCCCAAGUAUGCAGGCGCUAACGAUUUAAGGACUUUUGUUUCAGUAGUGAACCAGACUAUGAGCGCUCUCACCAAUCUACAGGUGAAUGUCGAUGACAAAGACCCGUUUUUACUGGGUAUUCUGCAGCGUAAGUUAGACACAUACAGCUGGAGGUCAUAUCAGCUGGAGAGAAACCUGGAGAAUGACCCAACAGUUCAAGAUUUCCUCUCCUAUCUGGAGAGGCGAGCUCUUGCUUUGGAGAACACCGAUCACAGCGAGACAGCCACAUCUGGGAAACGGCAGCCGGCAAGCUUAACAAAGAGUAAGGUUACUCUGGCAACAACAACCAAUUCUACAAUGGAGUGCUUAUACUGUGUUGCUGCAGCUUGAGGAGGCCCAAUGCUCGCCUUCAACCAAACCCGGAGCACAC